AUGAAAACAAAAACUCCUCACAAACUGCCAACGGGGCAGCUGACGAUACUGGCACUAUGUCGCUUGUCAGAGCCCAUUGCCAUGACGUCCGUCUUCCCAUACCUCCCAGAAAUGAUCGAGAGCUUCGGCGUACCCAAGAAUGACAUUGCGAAGUGGGCUGGAUGGAGCAGCACUAUCUUUUGUCUAUGUCAAGCCUUUACCGCUAUAUUUUGGGGCCGGCUAUCGGACCAUUAUGGUCGCAAGCCCAUCAUCUUGUUCGGACUAGCGAACACGGCGGCGACUGUUCUGCUAUGGGGAUUUUCAACGAAUCUUACUAUGGCCAUGAUUGCAAGGGCCCUGCAAGGCUUUAUGUCUGGCAACGUCGGUAUCAUCAGAACUAUGGUAGCAGAACUGUGUCCAUGGAAGGAGCUUCAGCCGAGGGCAUUUAGCAUAAUGCCUCUGGUAUGGAACGUGGGCUCGGUCAUUGGACCGGCAUUUGGUGGUGUUCUGGUCAAGCAGUCACAUCAUGGUGAUCUACUAGAGAGGUACCCAUACGCGCUUCCGAACAUAUUUGCUGCAGCUCUAUUUGCUGUAAGCAUUACCAUUGGGUUCUUGUUCCUUCAUGAAACUCUCGAGACUGCGAAAGACAAGCGUGAUAUUGGAAGAACAUUAGGAGACGCGCUUCUCAAGGCUGUCAAUCCGAGAUCGUUCAACUCAUGCUACCUACAGCCUCCAGAAGUAUCUCGCGGAACUGAAGAAGAACCUCUUCUCCAAUCCGCAAAAUCCCCGACAGAUGACGAAGAGACUGUCCUAUGCGAUAAUUCCAUACCUAACAUGCAGAAAGAGGCGAAUCCAAAGUGGAAAGAGGUGUUUAGAUUGCAAUCGACUUUUGCUCUCAUGGCAUACACUCUCCUAGCGAUGCACGACUUCGCCUACCAGCAGCUUCUUCCAGUCUUCAUGUAUCACCCCUUUGAUCCACGAGACUCAUCUGAUGCGAGUCAGCCCCUAUUUCAGCACCUGCCGUUCCUUUUCAACCGCGGUUUCGGACUUUCUCACACUCGCAUCGGCGUCUUCUUCUCCAUUGCUGGCGCCUUUUCUAUGCUCGUUCAGUUCUUCAUCUUCCCACCUAUCACUAGCCACUUCGGCACCCUACGCACCUUCAAAACCUGCAUCACAAUAUACCCCUUCAUCUACCUUCUCACGCCCUACACCGUCCUCCUCCCAACCGAGCACACACGCCAAGCCGCCUUACUCCUCGCCGUUCUCCUCAAGCAGAGCGUCAGCGUCUUUAUGUUUCCAUGCUGUAUCAUCCUGCUGACUAACUCGGCGUGCAGCCUCAAGGUGUUGGGCACACUGAAUGGUGUGGCAAUGACUACAAGUGGGCUAGGUAGAGCGGCUGGGCCGGCGCUUGCGGGUAAUUUGUUUACGGUAGGUGUGGAAAUGGAGUGCGUAUUGUUGCCGUAUGCAGUGCUGGCAGCGGUGGCAGUAUUAAGUCUCGUUCCGGCCUAUUUUAUGGCUGAGUGUAAGGGUUUUGGUAGCAGUGAUGAGGAGGAGGAGGAAGCAGAUGAGGAAGAACGAGAAGACGAGAGAGCGUGCUAA